GGCGCCGAGGCGGUCCCGGAGCAGGCCGGUGCGGACCGCGGCAGGAGUGCCAAGUGCCGGACUCUGACCGGGCGGGGAUGCUGGGCGGUGCUGCUCAGGCACGGCUCUAGCGGGCUGCUCCCUCCCCUGCCCGUCGGCGCAGCCCGGGGACUCCGAGAGCCGCUUUGUGUGCUGGAUAAGGAUUGGUGAGCAGCCCUUCCCGGCAGGGGAGAUGACUCAGGACCACGUGGGGACCAACUCUGGCGACUGGGACUGGAGCACAGAUGCUGGCGAGCGGGUCAGGCUGCUGCAGAGCCCCAGUGUGGAGCUCGGGCCCAAAAGGGACGAGGAUCGUGGGCCGGCUGCCACCUCGGCGCUGGGAGCCGUCUUCAUCGUCGUGAACGCCGCCCUCGGAGCCGGCUUGCUCAACUUCCCGGCAGCCUUCAGCAUGGCUGGUGGUGUCGCGGCCGGGAUUGCGCUGCAGAUGUGCAUGCUGGUCUUCAUCAUCGGUGGCCUCGUCAUCCUGGCCUACUGCUCCCAGGCCAGCAACGAGCGGACCUACCAGGAGGUGGUCUGGGCCGUGUGUGGCAAGGUCGCCGGGGUGCUGUGCGAAGUGGCCAUCGCGGUCUACACCUUUGGCACCUGCACCGCCUUCCUCAUCAUCAUCGGCGACCAGGAGGACAAGAUCAUCGCAGCCCUGGUGAAGGACUCUGCGGGGGCCGCUAGCAGCCCCUGGUACACGGACCGCAAGUUCACCAUCAGCAUCACCGCCUUCCUGCUCAUCCUUCCCCUGUCGAUUCCCAAGGAGAUCGGCUUCCAGAAGUAUGCCAGCGGCCUGAGCGUGGUCGGGACGUGGUAUGUCACAGCCAUCAUCAUCCUCAAAUACAUCUGGCCAGAUAGAGAGAUCACUCCAGGGGACGUGCCGGCCAGCCCCUCCUCAUGGAUGCUGGUCUUCAAGGCUAUGCCCACCAUCUGCUUUGGCUUCCAGUGCCACGUCAGCAGCGUGCCCGUCUUCAACAGCAUGAAGCGGCCGGAGGUGAAGUCCUGGGGAGCGGUCGUGACGGCAGCCAUGGUCAUUGCGCUCUUUGUCUACACGGGCACAGGCGUCUGCGGCUUCCUGACCUUCGGGUCCAGGGUGGAGCAGGACGUGCUCAUGUCCUACCCUUCCACGGAUGUCCCGGUUGCCAUCGCCCGGGCCUUCAUCAUCGUCUGUGUGCUGACAUCCUACCCGAUCCUGCACUUCUGCGGCAGGGCCGUCCUGGAAGGCCUCUGGCUGCGCUACAAGGGCGAGGCAGUGGAGGAGGACGUCGUGCGGGAGAGGCGCCGACGCCUCCUCCAGACUGUCAGCUGGUUCCUGCUCACCCUGCUCCUGGCCCUCUUCAUCCCUGACAUCGGCAAGGUCAUCUCUGUCAUCGGGGGGCUGGCGGCCUGCUUCAUCUUCGUCUUCCCAGGGCUGUGCCUCAUCCACACCAAGCUCUCCGAAAUCCAGGAGGCCAGGCCAGCCAGCUGGUGGACCAUGGUCUGCUACGGCGUCUUCAUGGUUGUCCUGGGGGCAUUCAUCUUCGGACAGACGACUGCCAAUGCAGUCUUUGUGGACCUCAUGAAGUGAUCAUUCCAGCUCUGUCCUCAGGGGACCUCUUUCCCCCUUCGAUGGAAUGAAAGGGAAGCUGCAUGGAACCCUCGACCCGAGCCCAGGACCUCCGUGCGUCUUCCAAGUGUGCCGUUCCCGUUUUCUUUCGCUAGACUUGGACCGCACAGUCUUGCUUUCCAGUCUGACAUAGCCAUCUGGUCUGCACAGGCGAACUGACAUAUGUGAACACAAACGAAUCCUCUUUACCUUUGGGAGCAGAUCCCAGACAAAGACUCCUCUUCGGCUCACCUCGUGCAAGUGGAUCUAUCUGGGCUGCUCGUGGCACAACGGCAGGCCGUGGAGUUUGGCCACAGGGCCCUUCUGCCACAGCCUUACUGAUGUGGGAGGCCUCCACCCAGCAGGAGCUUGAGAGCCAACCCGAGUUGCUGCAAGGAGCUGCUGCUUCAGACUGGGUUGUGGACGUCACCAUUACAUGACGCUGUUCGGGAAAGGGUGCGCUGUCAUCCAGAUGGGCGCUUCCCUUGGUCUUUUGCCUGAGAACUGGGCAUUGAAAGACACCUUGUGCGAGGAAUACAGGUGCACUGGGAGUGGAGUUUUGGAAUGUUUCAGUGGGCAUUUCCUCAGCAUGGACAAACCACAGGAGAAGGCCGCCUCCUCCUCCACACCUCUGUAGCAUUCUGGCAGGUUGUCAGAAUCCAGGUGCGGAGUGGAGACCCCUUUCCUGGCAGGGCUUUGACUCUGCGGGGGGCAUCGGCCUCUGCCACUUGGUCCCACUGCAUUCGGCCCAGCCCGUGGGCCCGUGUGUUUCACGUUCCGUUUCAAGUUGGUGCUACUUCCUGGGCUCUAGCCAGGUGCAGUUCAGAUCCUUUCUUCUGGUGUGCUGCAUCUGCGGUGUGGCCUUCCCUGGCCAGAUGGGCUCGUCUGCAGCCAGUUAAAGCCUAAGCAUUUUGGCUUGUGGUAGGUGGGAGCCAUAGUCUGACAAAUCUGAUGGGACGCAGGCUGGGAAAGGCUUUUGUACCUUAUUCACAAAGUAAGGCACGAAGGGGAAUACUGAUGCUGCUGGAGCCCCAGCAUGAGGGCUGCACGCCAGUGACGCAGCUGUCUUGCCAGGGCUUCGCUGAUGUGAACUCUUGAUUCGUCUUAAAGGCUUUUCCCCCAGGCGGAAUCUUCUUUCUGCUUCAAGUGUUGCUUGCAAGGCCCAGCAGGAGGGAGGGAAGGGAGCGUCGGCUUUCAGGGGCAUCGCGGCUCAAUGGAACAGACAUUGAAACGAUGCAACUGUGCCUGUAAGCACACUCUGAACAGAUUGCCUGUUGAAACAGGACCCUACAUUAAUCCACUUUAAAGGACCAGGUGCCAUUGACACACCAGUCCCCGCUGAGGCGAGGCAGGCUGGGCCAGGUCACGGCUGCGGUCUGAAUAUCCAGGCAGAGAUGAUGGAACCCGUCUCUGCCCACGGCCAGACCUGAUGUUGGAUCGAAAUGGAUCUAGAUCAGGGCAGGCUGCGCGGUGCUUGCAAAGUGCCUGCUAAUCCUCUAGGUUUUUAAGCAGAAUUCCUCUUUCACUUUUUUGGAGUGCUCAGGAGUGCCUUCACGGGCUGGGCAACACCCGCUUGCUGUCUUUGUUGCCGAGAAUUCUCUAUGGCAGACGAGCCCCUAACAGCGACGACGCUGGCUCAGGGCUCAGCCUUCGCUCUUAGAACCAAACAGCACAGCUAUUAUGUGAAUGGAUGCAACACCCAGGCGGCCUUUCAUUGCGUUCACGGACCAAAAGGCACUGAAACACUUACACGUGACCAAUGCGAAGGAAAGGUGCGAUCGCGUGCGUCAUGCAAAUGAAAGUUACCAAUAUAAGUCAUCCUUGCCCGUAAGAACAGAGGUGGCUUCCCAGUGGGAAUGACCCUACCCAAGUGUUUAGUGGGGGGGCGGGGUUUACACGGUCGCUUCUCGACCACUGAUUGGCCGUUAUGCUCUCGGAUACUGACCCUUUCCCAUCUGUCCCUGCUCCUCCUCUCCAUCACCUGCCUCCCUCCCUCCCUGGAGAUCCUAGUCCGCAGGAUAAAACCCAGUUCUCAGGAGUCCAGUGUCAGCGGGGCUCCUUAUCCUUUGCAGCUUUUCUUCUGCACUUUAUGGGGGCGAUCCCUGGUGCUCAUGGCACUGAACCUACUGGGGGAUAGAUAGGAUUCCACACCGUCUGUGUCAGCAGAAUUCAUCAGCAGAACUCCUUCACGGCAAAGGGGCUUGCUGGCCAGCUUUCCCCUGCUCAGCGUCAUCCAGAUGCGGCAGGUGUGCCAGCCUCCCCCGCCAGGCAAAGACCCUGCAGGGGCGGUGCUCCUGGCGAGCUCUGCGUCCCGCCAGAGCUGCGAGAGUCCCACCUGGCGCUCCCAGGGGCCCCUUCCUGCUGCUGCUGGCAUGCCAGACUUUGCGGCCGCCUCCGACGGGCGUUGCAGACCCCUGCCUUGCGUUCCCGUGCUUGGCUGACUCUGCUACCCUAGCUGUAAAUGUGCGUGUGCUGCAGGACGUGCGGGCACGUAUACGCUUCCCUUGUGCAUGUGCUCCUGCCUGCUUCCUGGUCUGGUGCUCGCCUUCCCGUAAGGAUGUGUCCUGGCUGGUCAUGCCCCCGUCACCCACUUUGUGGGGGUGCCUUGACACGACACGGCAGCUGGUUGGUGACCCCUUAGCCAGGUGUUCCACAUCAGCCAAGCACCUGUGCAGCUGAGAUGCUGCCAUACAAUCGCCUGCCUUGCCCAGGAGUGCGCAGUAGUGGGACCGGGCCCUGGGCACUCCUUGGGGGGACAGAUUGACCUGACUCAUCCCUCUCAGUGCUGCCCCGGCUCCUCACAAGUGGGCCCACCUCUGGCCCAUGCUGGCACGACUUCUGUCCGGACGGGUAGGAAUGCCUCGGAUAGGAAGUGCUAAGCUAAAACACGCUGCUAUUCUUGGCGCAUCGGCCCUCCACAGUGUGACCCCCAAAGCUUCCCCAACAUGGAUUCCAGCCCUUUCAGUGCAGAAGGACAUUCUGUAUCCCACGGCAGCAGACAGGGCAACUCGCUGGCUUGCAGCGUUGAUGGGACAUGUCCAGUCAGCUGGAUGUUCCCGCUCUUCCAGCCACUUGCCUGCAUCCUAAAUCUGCCCCUUGAGGCUCUUUGUCACAGUCGAAGAUUAGAACUCUGGAGUGGGUGAAUCGGGGCAACUUCGAGUUGUCAAGCCCCAGAUAAGAAAUUCUGUGUUCAUUCCUAGGAUGCAGGGCCACUAAAAAGGUGGUGCCAACAGUGAUCCUUUCUGCAGAACCGUGAAUGAACCCAGUUAUGUAAAUCGAUUCAAGGUACUCCCAGCUGUCCAUCCACAAGCACACACGUAACAGAUUUUGUGGGGGGUUUUGUUCGUAUGCAUUUAUUGGAAAACUAAUCAUACAGAAAGUAAUGAAUCCAUUGGGCACAGAGGUUGGUACAUGCUGUCCCGCAGAUCUUCUAGACUACACCUUCUGUAAGUCCCAGCCAGUACACACAAUGACAAGGGAUUCUGGCCGGUGUACUCCAAAACGUGCAAGAGACUGAAUGCUUAACCCAAACAAUAAAAUUCUGUAUUGUGAUGUAUUUCAAUGUGGGAACUUUUCAGCAGGAGACAACAAAAACAAAUUGGAACUAAGCAAUUUCAUAGACCCUUAACUACUGACCAAAGUGAUGUCUGAAGAAUAGAGUUGGGGAUUUUGAAAGUUUGCACAUUGUUUUGUGAUCCUGUGGUUGGCUUAAUAAAGAUGUACAACAUGGA